AUGAAAGAUGUUUGGAAUAAUUUAGCUCUUAACUUCGAAGUAGCUGGAACGUUAAAUGAGGGAACUUAUCAAUCUACCGUCAUUGUACCAUUUAUUCAAGCUGUACUAAAAGAUCUUCUCUUUAGAUCUUUAUUUAUUAGCAUAUCAGAAAGAGAAAGUGCUGCUAGUGCAGAUAGAAAAGGAAAUGGUCAAGCGGGAAGAUGUCUAGAUGUCAUGUUUAUGGUAAAACAUUUGGAUAUGCUCUUCGAAAUUAUGUAUGUCGAAUGCUCGAGAUUGGUUUGUACACCUCAAAAAAUGAUAGAUGAUGAUGUUAAGUUAUGGAGAGAAUAUAACGAUGAGCAAUUUGGAAUUGUUGAGAUACAAGUAGCAGGAGAUACUUUACAUCUAAACGUUCUUAUCAGGGAUCAAACGAAUGUUAAUAGAUAUUAUAAUAUAGAAUCAGCAAAAAUCCCUGUGCAAAAAUCAGAAGAGACCGCU